UGUACGUACCGUCAACACGAAUCAAACAGCACAGUUUAUUACACUCAAUCUUAUAUCAGAUAACAAAAUUAUCACUGUAUUUUUCAAGUGAGUAAAUGAUUUUUAUUUAAGAUUGUCGUGCAUUUAACAAAGUUACCAAAAAAAAAAAUUCCACAAAUGAGUUGUCAAUCGAAUUUUGAAGUUUUAUUUAUUUGAUUUAGCAUUUGGUGUCGGUGACGAACAGCUGAUUAAGGUCGUGCCAUUCGUUCUCCAUUAAUUGGAUCGACGUUCACCAUCCGAUAGGAAAUCUCCUCGUAAUGGGUACACGACCGGAGAAUGUAAUUCAUGUAACGGGCUUUGGUCCAUUUCGUAGCUUCACAAAAUCAAAUCCAAGUUGGGAGGCGGUUUCAUUGUUACCCGAUCACAUCGUCCAUAAUGGUCAACAAAUUCCAAUUGUGAAACACGAAAUUCCCGUCACCUAUACGGCAGUCGAUCAGAAAAUCAAAGAGAUUUGGGCCAGCAAACCCAAACUUGUCAUACACUGCGGUGCCCAUGCGAAAGCGGAUAAAAUGUGUAUCGAAAAGAAUGCAUUCAACGGAAACUUUAAUGAGGCUGAUUACACCAAUAAAAUGCCCGUCAGUUGUAGUGUGAUGCUACCAAACGGCGGAGUCGAGUGUGAAAAAUUGUGUACGUCAUUGGAUUUGCAUCAUAUUCUCAACGAAGCCGAAACAAUCGCACCGAUUAAAUGUUCGAAUCAUCCGGGCAACUAUUUAUGCGGUUAUAUUUAUCUGAAAUCAUUGGAUAUGGAUCGAACGCGAAGCCUAUUUAUCCAUGUGCCGGCACCGAGAGAAAAUUUGGACGUACCACAGAUGAGCCAUGCAAUUUUAACGAUCAUUCAGAAUUGUGUUAAGCAGCUAGAUGCAAAUGCCAAAUGAAAGUUCACUUGUUCCUAAAUUGUUAAAGUUUUUCGCAAGAAAAAAAAUUGUUAUUAAAAUCGCCAUAAUAUUUUAGAUGAAUUUGUGUAUAAAAAAAGAAGCCGAAAAAAUUAUCUUAAAGUAAAUCGAAUUCGAAGUAAACAAAA